AUGAAGUAUGAUCCGAAGACAAACAGUGCCACCGUGUUGCAAUCCGGCAUCACCUACCCCAACGGCCUUGCCAUUAGCGGGCUCGUCGUCGCUCUAACGGGGCCGUGGAAGUUACGUAGGUAUGGGAUCAAGAGUCCUAAGACGGGCACGUCGGAGCCACUCGCCGGUCUGCCGGGGUAUCCUGACAAUGUAAGAGCCGAUGGCAAAGGUGGAUUUUGGGUGGCGCUACAUCGGGAGAAGUUGGAAUUGCCAUUUGGUCCGGACAGCUAUCUGCUCGCCGUGAGGAUCAAUGCCGAUGGACAAAUAGUCCAAGUGAUGAGAGGACCAAAGGGUAUAAGGCCGAAUGAGGUGGUGGAGAGGGAAGGCGGCAAGCAGUAUAUGGAGCUCAGUGGAACAACCCUAUGUCGCCGUAGUUAG